AUGAAUCCCCUGUUGGACAGAGAGGAGGAUCUGGCUGGGGAGCAACCCAAACCUUUAGAUCACUACAUACGGGAAGGCCUGAAACAGCUGCACCAGGAAGAGCUUCUGUGUGACACAACUAUUGUGGCUAAAGGAGAGCGAUUCCCCUGUCAUAGGAUCCUCCUGGCAGCUAUCAACCCUUACUUCCGAGCCAUGUUCUCCAACUCGUUCCGAGAGUCCCAGGACGGAGAGGUCCUCCUGCAGGACAUGGACCCCUCCAUUAUUCAAAUGGUGGUACAAUACUACUACACGGAGGAAAUCGAACUCACGCCCGAAAUCGCCGAAGAUCUGUACGAAGCGGCUAGCCGCCUCCAGAUCCUUCCUUUGCUGGAGAGCUGUUCCAGCUACCUGUUGGAACACCUCUGUCCGGAGAACUGCCUGAGCAUCUACCAGCUGGGCUAUUCACACAACGACCCUGCGCUCUUCCAGGAGGCCAAGAGCCUGGUGCACACCCACUUCAAGCGCCUGUCCCAGGAGGCGCCCACUUUCCUGGACCUCAACCCCAGCACUUUGGAGAGCAUCCUGGCUUCCGACAACCUCCUGGUCUCUUCCGAGCUGCUGGUCUACCGGGCCGCGUGGCGCUGGGUGCAAGCCCAGAGCACCCUCCGCCUGCCUUUCCUGGCCCGCCUGCUGGCCCAGGUGCGCUUCCCGCUGCUCACCCCGGAAGAGCUGCGCCAGGUACAAACCGAACUGCUCCAGCGGCCCAAGGAGCUGCGCCCACGCUGGAGGCGCCUGAAUCGGCAGGAGCGGCUGGCCCAGUGUGGGGGUCUCCGGCGGGGCAUGUUUAACACCUGCAUCGUGUGCGUGGAUCUUUUCAACCUGGAGGGCCCUGAGCUGCGCACUAAGGAUUUCCAAGUCGGCUGCUAUGACCCUCAAGCCGGCCUUUGGGAGAAGCUGCCACUGCUGGAAAGGCUCUACUGCGCGCGGUGCGUGGCGCUGCGCGACCGGCUAUUUGUCACAGGUGGUGUCCACACCGACGACACCUAUUCAGAUAUGUUGCAUGAGUACAGCCCUCUGCGGGGCCGCUGGAGCCGCCUGGCGCCCAUGUCGGUGGCCCGGGCCUCCCACGGAUUCCUCACCUGGGGCGGCCGCCUCUUUGCAGUGGGCGGCUGGCGCAACUUCGAGGACUACCUUGACUCAGCCGAGAGUUAUGACCUCACCGAGCGGCGCUGGGCACGCAUCGCCCGCCUGCCGCUGCCACUCAGCCACUUCGCAUCAGCCGCGCUGCACGGGCGCCUCUACCUGGUGGGAGGUGCAACGGAAGCAGUGGGUGCCUGGUACGCGUCACGGAAGGUGCUCAUCUACCAGGUGGGCGCUGAUCAGUGGAGCCAAGCCUUCCUCAGCAGCGGCGGCUACUGGGCCGGCGCCGUGGCCAUGAACGAAGGCAUUUACGUCGUGGGGGGCUAUUUCCGCGGACGCGUGCGGCACCACCAGCCCACGCGCGACCGUCGGCCAGAGCAGGACGGGCUGCGUUGCACCCGACGCUGCUUCUUCCUGGGCCCCGAUGGGCGUGUGGACCAUCGCGUGACUGUGCCACCUUUGCCCGUGGAACUGGCCGGCGCGGGCGUGGUGCGCUGGAAACAGCGGAUCUACGUGCUGGGUGGAGAGAAUGUGGCCCUGGGGCGGCGGGCGGCGGGCGAGAAUGAGGAGGAGUACUACAACACCGUCUACUAUUGGGAGCAGGGUGCCCCUCGCUGGAUCCGCUGCCAGGAGCGGCUGCCCUUCGCCAACUGGGGGGUCAGUGGCUUCGGCUGUGCUGCGGUCAAACUGCCCAAGAAGCCGAUCCUGGAGUUGUUCCGCAAGACAACUGUGGCCCUCACUGGUCUGGAAGGGUCUGCCUGCUGA